AUCUUCAACUAUUUUAACGUUCAUGUUGGGAACGACAUCAUAAUUUUAAUGUUAUCUCGUAAAAUGGUUCUUAUUGUUAUUGAUAAUGCGGAUAAACAUACAACACUUGCGAUGUUUGAUCGGAAAGCGUGCUUGGUUUGGUAUAGGAAGCAGAAUCAUCAUAACAACAAGAGAUGAGCAUCUGCUGCAAAUCUACGGAGUGACGAUGUGUACAGGCCUAUGAAAUUGAAUGCUAUGGAAGCAUUUCGCCUUUUCAGUCUAAAAGCUUUCAGAAAUGACACACCUGCAAAGGAUUUCGUUGAGCUUUCCAAGCGCGUAGUGGAAUAUGCCAAUGGCCUUCUAUUAGCUCUAGAAGUUUUGGGUUCUUUUCUCUUUGGUAGAUCGAAUGCAUCUCAAUGGAGAAGUGCUAUAGAGAGAGACUUAAAAGAGAGUAACAAGGAAAUAAUUGACAGACUUCAGAUAAGCUUUGAUGGUUUAGCGGAAUCAGAGAAGAACAUAAUUUUAGAUAUUGCAUGCUUCUUCAAAGGAGAUGACAAAGUCAUGGUAACUAAAAUUCUCAACGGUUGUGGCUUUUUCCUGGAUAUCGGAAUAGAUGUUCUCAUCAAGAUAUUGAUGAUAACGAUCGAUGAACACAACAAAUUGUCAAUGCAUGACUUACUUCAAGAGAUGGGAAGGAAAAUUGUUCGCCAAGAAUCUUCUGAUGAAUCUGGAAAACGUAGUAGAUUGUGGGAGGGGGAGGAUGCUUAUGAUGUGCUAACCAAAAACACUGCUACGGAAGCUGUUCAAGGUGUAGUCAUUGAUUAUACAGGGUAA